AUGGACGGCUCCAGCAAGGACAUAGCUAAUAUCAUUCAAAAAACGCUUGAGCCAUACAUUCGGCCACGGGAAGAAGUGACACGAAUUCGCCAGAUCCUGGCUGCCCAUCUCAACUCAUGCCUGCAAGACGGUGCAGCAGCACUCGCCCUUGUCAACACAAGUAGCCCCAGUCUAUCCCCUGCAGCUCAAGGGCUUCAUAAAGAUUACUUGGAGGCACUGGAUGCAAAUAUCAAGGCCCGGAAGGAGUUCUCUUCACUUUCUCAACGAAGACCCGAGUCCACGCUCGAAAGCCCCAAUCCAAGUAUUGACGAUGGAGGUCUAAAUCGUCUACAGGAUCUCAUCACAACAAUCAGGCUGCGACAAAAGCUUGACAAACUUCAGGCAAUUGCGCAAGGACUCAACGUCCUAUCACAAAAGCCCGCAGCAUCGCCUCGAUUCCUCGAUUCAAGUGAGGUGUUUAAAGACUCCAGGCCUCUUCCAGAAGUUCCGAGAAACUUGAUCACCGCAAUCACUGUCAACAAGGCAAACCAAACCCUCCAACUCAGGGAUCUCAGCAACCAACUCGAGAAGCAUGUGCUUCAGGCAAAGCUACUGCUGAAACGUGAGGAACAGCUCCUGAAAAAGGUCCGAUCACGCUCAACGGCUAGCCCCGAAAAGAUUAGCCCGAACUACAAGCUCGAGGCUUUGAACAAAACGAGGGUUGAACUCAUCAACUGGAUCGAAUCCGAGCUCAGCAAAGCGGGAGGAGAGGAAGACGAGGGAGAAAUUCAAAAUAGGCAUAAGCAGCAUGGAGAGUCAAUCUCAAUUCAACUGGAUGAGCAACUCGCCAGCAUCAAGGAAAAGUAUGCGCAGUAUCUCGAGGCCCGCAAAUAUCUUCUACAGCUUGUCAGCCAGCAACCCAAGCCUGUUGUGCAGUCACCAGCAGAAGAGCAAAAGCCGCUGUGCCAACCAACUUCCCCAGCUCCGAUCACGUACUUGCUGGCCCCUUACGUCCAGCAACUCCUUGCACUGUCCCAUGAGCAAAAGACACUUAUCGCCCACAAAUCGCAUCUGUACACAAUUAUUGGGAAACAACUCAAGGAGAGCAACCAAGUCCUUAACCAUCUAGCAGAAGAGAGCCACUUGAUGCCUGCUCAUCCGAUGCCUGGGGGAAUAAGACCUCCUACACUCACUUCCGGCGCUAUAGGAACAUCUGAUAUUUCUGGCCCUUCUAAUUGGGUCAAGCCUUGGGUCUUUGCUGCAGACUCAGCUAAAAUUGCGACCCUGGAAGCAGUGGCAGAGAAAAUUGAUGAAGGUCAACUUGCUCUGGAAGGUACCAUGCGCACUCUCGGUGAAAUAGACGAGUUUCUGGGGACCAGCGCAAACAUAGGAGAACAAGAGAGCCCGGCCGAACAAGCCCGCGCGACCGGAGCAGAGGGUUCAGGAGCAAAAGACCAGCCAACUGGUAGACACCUAGGGUCGAAGAGGAAUACAAUCAAAGUUGAAAAGCCAGCAACUCUCAAAACCGUGUGGGACACACUGGAUGGGGGCCUUGGGCUGCCUUAA